AUGGAUUCUUAUGCCUCCCCCCGGCCGCGCCGCGCCGCUGCUACCAAGGCCUCCGGCCAGAUCACCUCCCAGUACAGCACCCCGCGCUCCUGCAAGAACCUUUCCUACGCUGCUAUCGACGAUCAUGAGUUUGUCCCAGAACUGGCGGAUGACGACCAUGAGUUGGUUGCUUUGUCGCCAUCUCAAUUGAGGACCCGCACACCUCGCCGUCCAUGUGUCAGCGCGACCUUGCCACCUACUCCUCCUACCACUGCGCUUCCGACAUCAGCCUCCAUUCUCUCCCUCAAGUCAAAGUCUUCCGCCGACGCAGGUCUUGUCCUUGCCAAGCCUUUUGGAAUUCCAAACCCCCAGCAAGACCUACUUCGAAACAGGCUUGACCCCGACGAAAACCGGUACGAGAGGAAAGCCAUCUCCUCUUCCGUCUUGAUCGAAAGCGACGGUGAUCCUUUCUCCUUUGCCUAUGACAAACUUGCUCUGCAGCCAGGUCGACAUUACGAGGUUGACGUCGAAGAGAUCCCUGCAUACAAGACUCCCAACUCAAAACAGUAUCGGCCAUCAGCCUGGGAUCUCCAAGGGAGGCAGAGCGCAGAUGCUCGGAAAUUUGUCCGCCUUAAGAGGGAUGGCUUUACCUGGGACGAAGCUAUGGGAAUUUGUCGCAAGUUCGUUGAUGCCCUCAACAUAUGGCCGGACAUCAACGACAUCUCAUCCCCAGUGGGCCAUCGAGAGCUACAAAUUUUCACGUCUACCUAA